AGAAGAAGACGCAGCAGAAGAAGAACAAAAAGCCGCUCGAAAGUGGCAGCAACGAUCAUCCCGCAAGCUAAUGCUAACGUGAUGUCUACGACCUCCAAAGUGGCUCUGGGACUUUCUGUGCUUGUAACUGUGAGCACAGUGGCUGCGGUUCACCUCAACCAGGCCUGGGACAGACAGCGUCUCCACGAGGGCGUCCUGAGAGAUUUGGAGCGAGUUGAGCGAAAGAAAGAGAACGUGCGGCUUCUGGAGGAGAACAGAAAGUUGAGCGCUCACCUGCGAGAGGAACGACGAGAGGUGCAGCGCUGAUUUUUCUGGC